AUCAACUUGAGUUGCUUUCAGAGUUAAUUGAGUGGACGGGAUUAAAUAGUGAAUAUCAAUUCGUCUCUCUUGUUUGCGUUGUGCAAUUGAAUGCUCGGAGUCAACCACUACUUGAUCUAUUGUCUCCAACCCAAACGAGAAGCGAAAAAGCGAAGCAGGAAUCGGAGGUGAAAGCUACCAUUGAAGUAGACGAGUACGACAGUGCGAAAUAGAAAAGGAAGAAGAUGGCUUCGAACGUAGGCGAUGAGCAGCUGGAACAUCUGAUCAUGUGUGCUGUGUGUCUGGAACACCUGAAGAGUCCCAAGAUGCUCUACUGUGGACACACGUUCUGCAAACUCUGUCUCACCAGCAUCGUCGCUAAAAAUAAGAAGCGUGACACAUUGUCGUGUCCCGAAUGCAGAACUGAGCACAAAAUCCCACCGGCGGGCAUCGAUGGGUUCCCGGACAAUCGGACCGCUGCUGCAUUCGUGGAGAUCUACCAGAAGAAGCAGGGAAACCAGCACCAGGCAGGCAUGCACUGUCUCGAGUGCGGACUAGCCCACAAGACCAAGAAGUGUGAGCACUGCCAAAAGAGUCUGUGCCCGGAGUGUUUGGAAUUCCACGCGAAGCAGCUGCUGCAGGAGACGCGUAGACUGGCCGAGAUAUUCCAAAGGGAGGUGAGCGUGGUGUCCCAACGUUACUUCGAGACCAAGGAGGCUCACAUCUCCCAGCUGGCCAAAAGUCGCGAGGACGCCAAGACCGAACUGGCUGAAUUCUGCAAGUCCGGGAUGCAAGCACUUCAAACAGUUCAAGACAAAUGGAUGACGGAAUUGCAGACUCAGUUUGAGCGGGAGCAAGAGGCAUUUGGUGCCACUGAGGAGGAGAUGAAGAUGAAGAUUGCCGAGAUCCUGUCGCAACUGGAGGCCGCAUCCAAGUGCUCCGUGGAGGCACACACCACUGCAGAAACUGCAGCAAUUGUGGCCGUUGGUGAAAGUGGCGCAACCGCUCCUUCAGCAGCCGCGCAGUACCUGGACGUGACUAAGAUCAUGGACCUGAAUCGAGAGUGCAGAAAGCGUAUCGCACAGAUUGGAGAGAUCAAAGCCUCUUCUGCAAAAAGUCUCUCAGGAGAUACGGCUCCUCGGGUUGUGGCCCGACGAAUGGAGUUCCGACACGUCACUCCUUCAACUUUCGAGAAGAAUUUCAUGGUUCUGGGGAAGGUGUUGGUGACCUCAAAUGGGUCAGAUAGUCUGCCCAAUCUGCCCUCGAUUGUGGCAGUGCCAUCAGCAGGAGUGACAGGGGACGGCAAGUUGUUCAAGGGAACCAGAGCUGGCAAGUGCUACAAUGUCGCACCCUCGUACACUACUCGAUACUAUUUAAGAUUGAACAACAGAUCCUCAGAGGGUUACGGAGACCUGUUGUACCCGUGGGGAGUGGCCACCACCAAAGACGACCAGAUAAUCGUGGUUGACGAUGGAAACCAGAGAAUCCACUUCUUCGAGGCCGACGGAGUUCCCCUCAGGACUUUCUCGGCCGCAACUGGAGCCACUUUGACAGCCCUGGCUGAGCAGGGAGGAGGUCAGCAACAUACCCAGAAUACGUCGCCAGGAAUCCACGCAGCGGCAGCGCAGCCAGAGGCUAGACCUCAGCCACAAGGUACACUGCCAUCUUCAACGAAUGGAGCAGAAGCUGCUGCUGCUGCUGCUCCUAAGGCGACAGUCGCAGUUCCCGUUGCUGCUGCUGCUGUCCCACCGAUGGCUACACGCUCGGUGGAGCGAGAGGAGUCGUCUUCAUCGGCAUCUGUGGAGAGGGAGGGAACUUCACAUGCGGCCGAGCCCAUGUUCCUGGAGCCAUCUUUCCGCUACAUCAGUGGGGUCUGUGUUGACGACAAGAACAGACUUUGCAUUACGGAAGAGGACACGGCGAGACUCUACUUCUACUCUGUCGGAGGUGAGCUGGAGCAGACAGUGGAGCUAGGUGGAAAUGUGAAGCCACGUGCAGUGUGUCUGGACACUCAAGACAACAUCUACGUAUCAGAUGUCGAGAACUGUUGUAUCUACAAGUACAACUACAACGGAGAACUGUUGCAAUCUUUUGGAGGACGAAGUGUCUUUUCCCGUCCCAGUUUCCUCGCUUUGAGCUGCGACGAGGAGAAACUCAUCGUGAGCGACACUCUUUCACACAGAGUUUUCAUCAUGUCUGCUCACACUGGCGAAAUCAUUACGUCAUUCGGAGGAAUGAAAGGUCACCAUGACCUCAUGUUCGAGGGUCCCUGUGGUAUCGCGAUUGACGGUGCCGGAAACAUCAAUGUCGUCGACUCCGGCAACAACCGUAUCCAGGUGAUCACGAUGAACGGUGUGUAUGUGUCGGAGAUUGCCCUGCCCUGGUAUUUUGAGGCUACAGACAUGCCCGGAGGCUUCAGAGACGUGGCGCUGUUGUCAUCUGGAAAGUACGCUUUGACAGACCACGCCAAUCACAGAAUCGUCAUUUUGUAAUGCAAUGCAAUGCAGUCAGUCAAACUUUCUACAUGGAUUACCCACCAGCAGAAUUGAGUAAACUUAAAUUGUCCAAAUAAUUAUUAACAAGUGGUAUUACUGUUAGUUCUAAUUUUAGAGUGAUAUUUAGUUUGAUGCUAAGCUUAUUAUCUAUGGGCUCUGAAUUGCGAUUUAAUUCAAAAUCUGCAAUUUCUGCACCAUUUUGCUAGCUUCUAUUUUGGCAAACUGCUAUUUCUGACGACCAUAUAUUGAUGUACUAUGGAUUUACUUUGAUAUCUUCUGGUUAAGCUGAUAAGCUCGGGUACUGUACGUCCGUGCUCAAACAAAUCGUGAAACCUCGUCCUCUAAACUUAAAUAUCAAAGUUCUUAAUAUAUUGUGCGUUCAAUGUUUUUUUUAAAAAAAUGAUUCAUGGCUUUUAAUCAACUUUCAAUGUAAUGAAAUCUGGAUUUAAACUUCCGCUUCUUUCUUAAAACAAUCUUGAACUAAUUUUUCAGUUCAUCCGCAAAAAGAAAGAAGUUGAAUCGUGAAGGUGCUAACUGGGUUUUAGCCAGAAAGAAAAUUUUUUAUUG